AUCAAAGACACGAACUUUGGAAGAAAACAGUAUGGCGGAAGAAGAAAAUCAAGAUAUUCAGAGCCUACGACAAGACGACCAAUGGGAGGAAAGAACCCUCAACCUCCUCCACCACUCCAAGAUCGACCAACAUUUCGUGAGAGCUAAAAAAAGAACGAAAAGAAAGAAGCACAAGGUGCGAUGGAUGGUGGAGAAUCCAAUGGCGAUUCCUCAAGCGAUUCUUGAGCUUCAACACCCAUCCAUGAGAGAAUCUGCUCUCCGCUGCCUCAGCGAUUUUCUCAUCUGGGUUUUUCACUAUCUUUCUUUUUCUCAUCUGAGUUUUUCACAGUCUUUCUUUUUCUCUCUGGGUUUUUUCACAAUCUUCUUUUCUCAUAUGGGUUUCUCUAUUAUAUUCUCAUUUAUAAAUUUUUGUUCAGUUGGGUAUUUUCUUCUGAAUUGGUUAAUUAUGAUAGGCUAUAGAAUUAUUUUAAACUGUAUAUUUUUCCCGAUGCCUAUUGAAUAUAUGCUGGAUGGGUUCAGGCAUUUGUUUUAUGGUUGUUUUCCCUUUUCUUGUUGGCAGAAAAGAGAAGAAGACCAUGAAAAUUAUGACCGGACAUCGUUCUUCUUGUUUAAUUCUUGCAGCAAUAAAAUGGGUUGUUCUUGUUUGUUUUACCUUUUGGUUUCCCCCUCCACCAUUUCUUUUCUAUUUUCAGUUCCUGGUUUUCCUUAUUUGUCGGUUUCUUUGAAACAGGAAGUUUUAGCCUUUUCCCAAUUGUCGGUAGAUGGAAGUCCGAUUGUGAGAGUCUCUAAGCGUGUUGUGAAUGUUCUCACCCUAUUUCAGUGUAUUGCGUCAAGCAAACAAACGAGAUAUAAGUUUGUGAAGUCUUUUACCCCCAAUUUUGUGGUACCAUUGAUACGGUUUGAAAUCCCCUUCGAUAUUUACGAAGAUGUUCGGGCUGUGGCCCUCUCUGUGAUUGGCAUUCUAUGCCAGGCUAGAGAAUCCGAGGUCAUUCAAAGGGCUCUCGGCAGCAACAUGGUAGAAAUCUGUCGGAUCAGCAUGGAGAUUGGAAGUGAGCUCUCUAAAGUGUUUGUGGUAACAUGUUUGCUGAUUGGAAUGCACAUUCUGGAAGCAAUUUUGCAAGAUGACUCAGGGAUUUCUUAUACUUGCAGUCCAACUUGGGACCUGCUACUGAAAAAUUUGAUGAGGACAUGGGAGCAUCUGGUUACUUGUUUGGCUUUGGACCAAGAUUUCUCUCCCCGCCUCCUAUUUCAUAUUCUUCGUUGCUACGUACUGCUCUGCACUCAUGCUCGAGGUUUCAGUACGGUAAGGGAGAAUCUACCAGAUAGCUUAACUGAUGGUUCUUUUGUUGAUCUCACGAAGGUAUCUUCCAUCAAAGUUUUCGUCUUUCUUCGCCUGCUCUAUUAUCAACAUAACUCCAUCUAUGAAAAGGAAAGUGGCUUACCUGUUCUAUCUAUUUUCUGCAUCACUUCGUUGGCACUUUACAGGAGUUCCCUCUGAUUGCGAGUUUGCUCCAACAACUACUCCUGAGUCUUGGUAAAGUUGACUACUGCUCUCCGAGUUUCCUACCAGAUGACUUGCAACUCUAAUAGCCAAAACUUCUGCUUUUGAGGGAUAAAACAAGAAAGGUGGAGUUGUUCCCUCUACAUACUUGUUGGAAGUUCUUGGCACUGUCAAUAGUAAUCACAGAAACAAGAAAGCAAAUUCUUUGGGAUGCAAAAAGAAUCAUACUGUAGGGAUUUUGUGUAGAGUGAAUUUUCUUCUGUAAAUCAUAGAGUAGCUUUGAAGUUCACCUCCGAAACUGUGAAUGUAUUUUGUAGUUCAUUUCUGAAGUAAUAAGAGAUUUCUGAAGUUCCUUGUGAAAAUGGCAAUCUUAAAAUUGUGAAGGGCAUGCUGAUGCUAGAAAGGCAAUUAGCCCAUGGGGAAGAUUAGCCAUUGCCAAACAAUGUUGGGAACAUUAUUUUUGUUGGCAAUUCGUUUUGUUCCACUUUUCUUGCAUAGAACUUUAGUAGUAUGACCAGCAUACACUCUAUAGUUAGUGGAGAAACAGAAAACAAAAAUAGGCUUAGGAAUCUGUUUAGGGAAAAAUGAUGGGUACAGGUUUUUCUUGUAUCAG